CUGGAGGAGGCGGAGUUGUGGACGUGUCCCGGCGGGAGGGAAGUGGCCUGAGUCGAGCGCUCCGGCUCCGGCCGAGACAAGUGGCCAUGCUGGACUUCGCGAUCUUCGCCAUCACCUUCGUCGUGUUCCUGAUCAGCGCCGUGCUGUACUUGUACCCGGCAUCCAGGCAAGCAUCUGGCAUUCCAGGGAUGACACCUACAGAGGAGAAGGAUGGAAAUCUUCCAGAUAUUGUAAGCACUGGCAGUCUUCAUCAAUUCCUAGUUAAUCUUCAUGAAAAGUAUGGAUCCAUUGCAUCCUUCUGGUUUGGGCGUCGGCUGGUGAUCAGUUUGGGUUCCUUGGACUUCUUGGAAGAACACAUCAAUCCAAACCGAACCUCUGAUCCAUUAGAGACAAUGCUGAAAUCAUUGCUGGGAUACCAGGCUGGAUUUGGAGGCAAUGCUGCUGAGACUCAUGCAAGGAAGAAAGUUUACGAGGCUGCCGUGAAUAAAGCAAUCCAGAACAACUUCACUCGUAUUGUGAAGCUAGCUGAAGAGCUGGUUUCAAAGUGGCUAAUGCAUCCUGAAUCUCAGCAUGUCCCUCUAUGCCAGCACUUGUUGGGCUUUGCCAUGAAGUCUGUCACGCAGACAGCAAUGGGUAACCGCUUCGAAAAUGACCAAGAAGUAAUCUGCUUCCAGAAGGGCCAUGAUUUGGUUUGGUCUGAGAUUGGGAAAGGAUUUUUGGAUGGAUCUCUUGAUAAAAGCUCCCCCAGGAAGGAACAUUAUGAAGCAGCUCUCGAGGAAAUGGAAGCUACACUGAAGAAAGUGGCGAAGGAGAGAAAGGGGAAAAGCAUCAGCUGUCAAGUGUUUAUGGACUCCUUACUGCAGAGUGACCUGAGUGAGAAACAGGUUUUGGAGGACAGUAUGAUCUUCUCAUUGGCUGGAUCAGUGAUUACAGCAAAUUUGUGUAUUUGGGCCACGUACUUUUUAGCCACAUCCAAAUCAGUGCAGGAGAAGCUAUAUCAAGAAGUUAACCAGGUUCUGGGAAACAGCCCACUCAGUUUCGACAAGUUGCAGAAACUAAGGUACUGUCAACAGGUUCUAAAUGAGACGGUCCGAGCAGCAAAGUUGACCCCAGUUGCAGCACGCCUUCAGGAGCUGGAAGGGAACAUCAACAAACACCUCAUCCCAAAAGAGGCUCUGGUUAUUUAUGCCCUUGGAGUAGUGCUUCAAGAUGAAGCUUCGUGGGAUUUACCAUACAGGUUUGAUCCUGAAAGGUUCAAUGAUGAAGCUGCCAGGAAACAGUUUACAUUAUUGGGAUUUUCUGGAAGCCUAGAAUGCCCAGAGCUCAGGUUCGCUUACACUGUGGCUACUAUAAUGCUGAGCACACUGAUCAAGAAGCUGAGCUUGCACCCCGUGGAAGGCCAGGUGGUGGAGAUGAAAUAUGACCUUGUAACGACACCGAAGGAGGAGGCUUGGAUCACAGUCAACAAAAGAAGCUAGGCCUACCUCAAGCAGGCCUGCCUGAGGAAGUGAGUGCUAAUAGAGAGGGCAUUUUGUUCGUAGGAUGUGGCUGGAGCUGUUGGGAUUCACUCUAAGCACAGCAGUGAAGCACAUCCGAACUCCAGUUUCAGCUCCCAAACCUUGGCGCUUCACUCCAAAAAUAUGAAGCUAACCAUAAACGAAUAGCGUCUCAUCACCAGCAGGAUUUGUGCAGCGAGACCUCUUUAAAUCUGUUUGGAGGUUUUUCUGAUUUAUUUUUAAUAUAACUCUCAACUUGUGUUUAGUAUUUCUCAUUAAGUUGGGAAACAGUUGCCUGUUCUGGAGCAGGAGUGGAAAAGCAAUGAUAAAUAACAUGAGAUUAUGGUGAUCACGAUAGUUUUAAAUAAUGUUCGACUGAGGUGCACAGCUGGUUUAAUGUUAAGGACUUUGAUGGUCUUAUGGUGAGACCAAGUCCUGUCACCAGAGAGCCUGCCUUCAGAAUGUGAUCCCUUGUGCUUCGAGUUAUAAAGCUAUGUCAGGAACCUGAGUGAUACAGUUAGCUUCUGUGCACCUCUUACCAUUUCUAGCUUAGUUAAUAGAAUAUCUAGUCAGGGGACAUGACUCCUAGCUAGGAACAGUGCUGAUAAAGUGUGGCUGUAUACAAGCAACUGAAGCCCCAGUCAGAAUAACUUUCUGACGCUCAGCAUCCACAGGAAGUUCAUGCUUGCAGAAUCCCAGCAAAUCAUCACUGACCUCUCCUUCAAAAUGGUAUUGGAUAUUGCAUCAUCGUUCGGUAUCGUUAUCAUGAAACCAGUACAUAUCACAAGUACCCUGUAUGAAUUUUCACCAUGAUUUAUCAAUAAACUUACUGCAAAAAUGUUUCAAA